AUGUCUGCUGCCGACUAUUUCCGCAAGAUCAAGGGUUAUGCAUCUAAACUUGCUACUGUUGCUGCUCCUCUUCGUGAUGAUGAAAUCAUCGCGUAUCUCUUGGCUGGACUUGGCUCAGAUUACGAUCCGUUCAUCACGUCUAUCACCACCAAGACUGAAGCCCUCUCCCUCAACGACGUCUACGCGUAUCUCAUGUGGUUUGAGUCUCGUCAGCUGCAACACAACACCGAGACGCACCUCAAUGUUGGUGCUUCGGCCAACUUUGCUGGCCGUGGGGGACAGGUGUUGUGUGGACAUGGUCACGGUGCAUCGCCUGGCCGUGGCCGCGGACGUGGGUCUGCACCGUUCCAGGGCUGUGGUGGCCGAUCUACUCCAAGAUAUGACAUGCCUAAGUGCCCGCCGUGCCAGAUCUGUGGCCGUGUGGGCCACACGGCGGUCAAAUGUUGGUACCUCAUGGAUGAGUCCUAUCAGGAUGAACAACCCUUCGCCACUGCUGCUACCACUACUUUCUACAAGGUCGACCCUAACUGGUACACCAACACCAGGGCUACCGAUCACAUCACUAGUGAUCUAGAUCGCCUAGCUCUCCGUGAACAAUACAAUGGUGGUGAAACUGUUCAAUGGAUGUAUAAUGCAGACAGACGGAGCAAGGUGUUUAUUGAUGGCUUGCAUUAUUUUCUCGAAGUGGCAAAAGCGAACAAGGCAGAGAAUGGGUUCGUAUGUUGUCCAUGCUUCCAAUGCAAUAACAGGAAGGAGUAUUCAAAGGAUUCCUGGGGGACUAUUCACAGCCACUUGUUUAAAUACGGUUUCAUGCCUAACUAUUUGGUUUGGACCAAGCACGGUGAACUAGGGGUUGUAAUGGAAGAUGGCGAGGAGGAGGAGGAAGAUGACACCAUUCCGGACUGGGUUGCAGGUCAAGCUUUUGCAGGUACUACAAUGGGCGAGGCUGAUGAAGAUGAGUUUGCAGAAAAUGACCCUACUGAUGACCUUGGUCAGGUGAUACGAGAUGCAUACAGAGAUUGCGAAACUGAGAAGGAAGCAGCAAAGUUGCAGCGCAUGAUAGAUGAUCACCAAAAAUUGUUGUACCCAGGUUGCCAGCAGGGCCAUAAAAAACUAGGUACGACACUAGAAUUUGUGCAAUGGAAGGCAAAAAAUGGUGUGUCCGAUAAGGCAUUUCAGGGGAUGUUGAGAAUUGUCAAGAAGAUUCUCCCCGAGAAUAAUGAAUUACCGUCCACAACAUAUGAAGCUAAACAGAUUAUUUGCCCUCUCGGAUUGGAUGUUCAGAAGAUACACGCAUGCCCUAAUGACUGUAUCCUCUAUCGUGGUGAUGAAUACGAGGAAUUGGAUGCUUGUCCCAUCUGCGAAGCCCUGCGGUAUAAGAUCAGGCGAGAUGAUCCUGGUGAUGUCGAGGGGCAGUCUCCCAAGAAGAGAGUUCCCGCGAAGGUGAUGUGGUAUUUCCCUAUAAUACCACGCUUGAAGCGCUUGUUCAGGAACAAGGCGAAUGCUAAGUUGAUGCGAUGGCACAAAGAAGACCGUAAGGAAGAUGAGAUGCUGAGACACCCCGCAGAUGGGGCACAGUGGAGAUCAAUUGAUAGAACAUUCCCAGACUUUGAAAGUGAAGCAAGGAACAUAAGGUUUGGUUUAAGCACUGAUGGAUUCAAUCCAUUCGGCCCAAAACAACCCGGCAACGACAUUGACGUGUACCUAAGGCCGUUGGUUGAUGACCUUUUACAGCUCUGGAAGGAAGAAGGUGUACGUGUGUGGGAUGAGGAUAGACAAGAGAUCUUUAAUCUACGAGCACUGUUGUUCGUAACCAUCAACGAUUGGCCUGCAUUGAGUAACCUUUCAGGACAGACAAAUAAGGGAUAUCGGGCAUGCACCCACUGUUUAGAUGACACAGAUAGCAUGUACUUGAAGCACUGUAAGAAGGUCGUCUAUAUGGGUCAUCGUCGAUUUCUCCCGGCUCACCACCAGCUGAGAAAGAGCGGGAUGCAUUUCAAAGGGACGCCAGACCAUCGUAAAAAACCUGCACACCGUAAUGGAAAGCGUGUGUUCGAGAUGAUGAAGGAUGUACAUGUAGUCUUUGGAAAGGGACUUGGUAGCCAACCUGUUCCGAACGAUGAUAACGGACAUGCACCCAUGUGGAAGAAAAAGUCAAUAUUUUGGGAGCUACCUUAUUGGGAAAUCCUAGAGAGAGAUAAUGGACAGCACUACUUACGUCCUGCCAGUUACACUCUCAGCAAGGAGGAGAAGGAUAGCAUGUUUGAAUGCUUGAAUAGUAUGAAGGUCCCGUCUGGGUACUCCUCGAAUAUAAAGGGAAUAAUAAAUAUGAAACAAAAGAAGUUUACAAAUCUCAAGGCUCAUGACUGCCACAUGUUGAUGACCCAGUUGCUUCCAGUUGCACUGAGGGGUGUUCUACCAGAAAAUGUCCGGUUGCCGCUCGUAAAGCUAUGCGCGUUUCUCAAUGCGAUUUCGCAGAAGGCAAUCGAUCCAUCCAAGCUAUCAAAGCUACAGAACGAUGUGGUGCAAUGUCUUGUCAGUUUUGAGUUGUUAUUUCCACCAUCCUUCUUCAAUAUUAUGACGCACUUACUGGUUCACCUAGUAAAAGAGAUUGGUAUUCUCGGACCUGUAUACCUGCACAAUAUGUGGCCUUUCGAGAGGUUCAUGGCAGUCCUAAAAAACUAUGUUCGUAAUCGUGCUCGUCCAGAAGGAAGCAUCGCCAGGGGAUAUGGAACAGAGGAGGUGAUCGAGUUUUGUGUUGAUUUUAUUGAUUCAAUCGACUCGAUUGGGGUUCCAACUUCACGCCACGAGGGGAGGCUCCGAGGAAUGGGCACCCUUGGAAGGAAAUCAAGUUUGAGCAAUGAUACUAAUUUGUUCGACAAGGCACACUACACUGUUCUACAACAGUCAUCCUUUGUGUCUCCGUAUAUCGAGCAGCACAGGCAGAUGCUUGCCUGGUUAGCCAGGGGACCUGCUACCACAAUCGUCAAAUUCCAAGGCUAUGAGAUAAAUGGUUACACAUUUUACACGAGAGCCCAGGACCAGAAAAGCACGAACCAGAAUAGUGGUGUCCGCAUAGAUGCCAUGGACAGAAAUAAUAGCAAGGAGUCGUAUUAUGGUUUCAUACAGGAGAUAUGGGAACUCGAAUACGGACCGCUGUGCAUCCCUCUAUUUCUUUGCAAUUGGGUGAAGCUAACUGCCGUCACCAAAGAUCAGUACGGAAUGACAAUAGUAGAUCUGAGCAAGACUGGAUACAGUGAUGACCCAUUCGUACUUGCCAAUGAUGUGCAUCAGGUGUUCUAUGUGAAGGACAUGUGCAGCAAACCCAAGAGGAAUCCAGAAGAGACAUGGGAGCCAAAGUGCCACAUAGUUCUUCCAGGUAAAAGAAAAAUCGUGGGAGUCGAGGAUAAAACAGACCAAUCAGAUGAUUAUGAUCAGUUUGAUGGCAUGCCUCCAUUCGACGUUGAAGUUGAUCCAAGCAUCCUGCUGUCCAAAGAAGAGGCUCCGUACUUACGCCGCGAUCAUGAUCAAGGAACUUUCGUGAAGAAG